CGCUCGGCACCCGCGGAACUGAGCUUGAGCCGCAGCCGUAGCCCCGUCGCAGCCUCUCGCAUUCCCGCCGGGACAUGAUCCUGCCCUGCGCAGUGCUGGCCGCUCUCCUGGCUGCCGGCCACGCCGCCAACCCGUGUUGUUCCAACCCAUGUCAGAACAGAGGAGUAUGCAUGACAACAGGGUUUGAUCAGUAUGAAUGUGACUGCACGAGGACAGGAUUUUAUGGAGAAAACUGUACAACACCGGAAUUCUUCACGUGGCUGAAGCUCACAUUGAAACCUUCACCCAAUACUGUCCACUACAUCCUCACCCACUUCAAAGGAGCCUGGAAUAUCAUCAACAACAUUCCCUUCUUACGAGAUGCUAUUAUGAGAUAUGUAUUAACAUCCAGAUCACACUUAAUUGACAGCCCGCCAACUUACAACAGUGAUUAUAAUUACAAAAGCUGGGAAGCUUAUUCUAAUCUUUCCUAUUAUACAAGAAGCCUUCCACCAGUAGGGCUUGACUGUCCAACACCAAUGGGUGUUAAAGGUAAAAAAGAGCUCCCAGAUUCAAAGCUGAUCGUGGAGAAGUUUUUGCUGAGAAAAAAGUUUAUUCCUGACCCACAAGGCACAAAUGUGAUGUUCACAUUCUUUGCCCAACACUUCACUCAUCAGUUCUUUAAGACAGACCACAAGAAAGGACCUGGCUUCACCAAGGGGCUCGGCCAUGGGGUUGACUUGAACCAUAUUUAUGGAGAGACUAUGGAGAGACAGCUUAAACUGAGACUUCUAAAGGAUGGAAAGCUAAAAUACCAGAUGAUUGAUGGAGAAAUGUAUCCACCAACAGUGAAGGACACUCAGGCAGAGAUGAUCUACCCUCCUCAUGUGCCUGAACACCUGCAGUUUUCUGUUGGGCAGGAGGUGUUUGGGUUGGUCCCAGGCUUGAUGAUGUAUGCUACAAUAUGGCUGAGGGAACACAACCGGGUCUGUGACAUCCUGAAACAGGAGCAUCCAGAGUGGGAUGAUGAGCAGCUGUUCCAAACUACUCGACUCAUACUGAUAGGAGAGACAAUCAAGAUUGUUAUUGAGGACUAUGUGCAACAUUUGAGUGGUUAUCAUUUCAAACUCAAGUUUGAUCCUGAACUGCUCUUCAACCAGCGAUUUCAAUACCAGAACCGAAUUGCAGCUGAAUUUAACACUCUCUACCACUGGCACCCACUCCUGCCUGACACUUUCCAGAUACAUGACCAGGAAUACACUUUCCAGCAGUUCCUCUACAACAACUCCAUCAUGCUGGAACAUGGCCUUUCCCACAUGGUGAAGUCUUUCUCCAAGCAAAGUGCUGGCAGGGUUGCUGGUGGGAAAAAUGUCCCUGCUGCAGUACAGAAAGUAGCCAAGGCUUCAAUAGACCAAAGCAGACAAAUGCGGUACCAGUCCUUGAAUGAGUACAGGAAACGUUUCAUGCUGAAACCAUUCAAAUCAUUUGAAGAACUAACAGGAGAAAAAGAAAUGGCAGCUGAACUGGAAGAGCUUUAUGGAGACAUUGAUGCUAUGGAGCUGUAUCCAGGCCUCCUCGUAGAAAAGCCACGACCAGGUGCCAUCUUUGGAGAAACAAUGGUGGAGAUUGGAGCACCGUUCUCUCUGAAAGGACUGAUGGGAAAUGCAAUCUGCUCACCUGAGUACUGGAAGCCCAGCACUUUUGGUGGAAAAGUGGGCUUUGAGAUAAUCAACACUGCCUCCUUACAGAAGCUCAUCUGCAACAAUGUUAAAGGCUGUCCUUUCACUGCCUUCCACAUCUUAAAUCCUGAACCCACAGAGGCAACUAUUAAUGUUAGUACCUCAAAAACAGCAAUGGAAGAUAUCAACCCCACACUACUACUGAAAGAGCGAUCUGCUGAGUUGUAAAACCCCAUCUAUUUAUUUAUUUAACUAUAUAAUUUAUUCUAUUUAUAGCUUAAAGUGUUUAAAAACACAA